AUGGACAUCCCCACCACCUUAGUUAAGCCCUACUAUCAACCACCUGUGACCAACGAGAAGAGCGUACCUGAAUCGCCCAACAUCCAAAAGACGAUCCGGGCCCUCCAACUACAGCCUCACCCCGAGGGCGGCUAUUACAGCGAAACCGAUCGUCAUCCACUCCGGGUCCCAAAUCCCUAUCGCGACGACAUGGAUAAGAGUAAGAGAAUAACGGAGCCAGACGCCGAGAAAGCUACCCGGUCAGCGAGCACUACGAUCUACUACUUCAUUACGCCCCGGUCGCCGAUGGGAUAUUUCCAUCGCAAUCGGAGUCGCACGGUGCAUACCCUUCAUCGUGGCCGAGGUCGGUACGUCAUCCUGCACGCCGACCAGGCGAAGGAGGAUGGAGGGAAAGUGCCCAUUGAAUCAUUUGUGGUGGGCCAUCGGAUUGACAAGGGAGAGCGACUGCAAUGGGUUGUGGAGGGGGGAAAGUAUAAAUCCAGCUAUUUGUUGCCGGAUUGCGAUGGCGAUUUGUCUGGUGAUAACAACUUGAAGUCAGAGGGGUUGUUAAUUAGCGAGACCGUUGUUCCAGGGUUUGGGUUUUAUGACCAUGACUUCCUGACUGUAGAGAAGAUGGAACAACUCCUGACUGCUGAACAGGCUGAGGAACUAAAGUGGAUGGCAAGGAAGAGCUGCGACAAUGCAUGA